CAGUAGAGAAAUGACUGUGGAUUGUGUUAAAACAUUCAGAUAAAUCUUAGUGUCAAAAAUAUCUGUCUAGCUUGAAGUGUUGGGUCGCAAUAUAUUUAUAUUGUACAUACGAAUUCCUUUAAUCUUUGAGAAUAUUUUGCUCUUCAACAUUCAAAGGAUUUACUAGUAGUUUUCAUUGUUUGUUGAACCAUACAAGGUAACAUCUUUUUAUUUUCCUUUUUCCUUUUUAUAAUAAGCAACUUUGCGCAUGUAUGCAGUGGUGGAGGCAGGAUCUCUGCUAAGGGAGUUCAAAAAGAAAAAGGUUAAAAAGGGUUGUAGCUAGGAGGAAUUGAACCUAUGACUUACAAAGGUUUUGAACCCCCUUGACCACUCAGCUACACUUUUGGGCGGUGUCAAGAGAAUUCAAAACUUAAUAUAUAGAGAUGAAGGGUGGUGGAGCAGAGGUUCCCUAUUGGAAGAACAUGUAUAUGCUGUUGGAAUGCUUUAGAAAAGUUGUUUUACCAAUCUUAACAUUAGUACUCCUAGUCAAAAUCACCUUCUCUUCAUAUAAUACUACCACUGAUUCUUUGCUGCAAAAUCUUGAAUCAACCCUCAAUAAAUCAGUCCCUCUUGUUCAGCCAAAGCAUCAUGAGGCAAUCACCCAACUGCAGUCUGUUGGAAUUACUAGCAUUAAUCAUUCAGAAAAAGUGGGGAAAAAACAGCAAACAUGCAACCUCUUUUUGGGGAAGUGGAUACCAUUUCCAUAUGGGCCAUACUAUACAAAUGAGACAAACUGCGCGAUCGAUGAUCGACAAAAUUGCAUGAAAUUUGGAAGACCGGAUCGUGAUUUUAUACACUGGAGAUGGAAACCAGAUGAUUGUGAGCUGCCACUAUUUGAUGCUAUGCAAUUCUUGGAACUUGUACGUGGUAAGACUUUGGCUUUUGUUGGAGACUCACUAGCAAGAAACUAUGCAAUCACUGGUGUGCCUUCUAGCUAGCGCUGCCAUUCCAGUAGACGUGUCAGAGACUAAGGACACGAGAUUCAGGCGAUGGUUGUUUAAAGAUUACAACUUCACUAUCAUAGCCCUAUGGUCUCCACAGUUGAUUAAAUCCUAUGAAUCUGAUCCUAAUGGCUAUUCCUACAACAGUCUCAUGGAUCUGUAUCUAGACAAGGCCGAUGAUGUCUGGGCAAGUCAAGUUGACAAAGCUGAUAUUGUCAUAAUCUCCGGAGGACAAUGGUUCUUUAGGCCAUUUUUGUACUAUCAAAACGGUCAGCUCAUCGGAUGUCACAAAUGCAAUGAAAAAAACACCACAAAACUUAGCCAUUAUUAUGGAUACAGAAUGGCGUUUCGUACAGCUUUUAAGACACUUUUAAGCCUCGAGAAAUUAAAGAGUCGAUUGGUAAUACUAAGGCCAUUCUCCCCUCAACAUUUUGAGAAUGGGCAGUGGAAUAAAGGAGGGAAUUGCAAUAGAACAAAACCUUUCACGAAUCAAGAUAUUAAGUUGGAUGGAUAUACAUUACAAAUGUAUUUGACUCAAUUGCAGGAAUUUAAGGCAGCACAAAAGCAAGGCAACAAAAGGGGUGUCAAGUUUCGAUUGUUAGAUACAACUGAAGCCAUGUUAUUGAGGCCAGAUGGACAUCCAAAUCAUUAUGGACAUUGGCCAAAUGAGAAGAAAUUGGCUGAUUGUGUGCAUUGGUGUAUGCCAGGUCCUGUUGAUACAUGGAAUGAGCUUUUGCUAUCCAUUUUGAAGAUGGAAGCAGAAUGAGUUGAAGCUUGGAAUAGCACCAGUCAUUCUUCAGGACAGUAAAUUUAUAUACAUCCUUAGAAUUUGGUAACAACCGUAUAAUAACUUUUUAAAUGUUUGUGUAAUAUUUUUAUAUUCCAACAUAAUCUGUAUAAGAAUAAUCUGUAGAAGUAUUUGUAACCGGCACAACUUUUAACCAAUAUGCCAAUGUUCUUUAUUAUGAGUCU